GGUCUGUGGCAGAUCACCCUUACGCAUGGCAUCACAGAUACGUAAAAAUAUCUUGUGUCUUAUUUAUUCAGUAAUGUCGAGAGUACAGUUGAGAUACCUUUGUCAACGGAAUCCUGCUUUGUGUGGUAUCCUACUGAAAUCUUCUUCAUCUUCUCGUACCUUCAGUAAAGGUUUUCAGUAGGUUUAACUGUACCCUGGGCAAUGUUAGCAAGGUGUCAGCUGGAAUCCAGUAAGUGGUAGGAAGAAUAAAUACUGUUCUUUGACCAAGCUCUCAAAUACAGCAUCCUGUGGGGAUAUCCUAUCGCAGUAGAUCAUGUUCUGGUGGAGUCAGUGAAUCCCUUACCUUUCCCCUCUGCUGUCUCCCAAACUUUGUCUUCUAGGACUGGCAAAGAAAAAUCCUGUCUCAGGAUCCUGUCAAGUCAGGUGCCUUGAUGUCCUACAUGUUAGCCAACUGAAUCCCUGCGAGGCUUGGUCAUGCAACAGCACUCCUGUUUCCUGAUAAAGCGCAAUAAUUCCUGACAGCAAGAAAACAGUUAAAAGUGUUUGCCUGGUAUAUUGCAGUGGAUCUGAAAGUGAUAUAAGAAAGAAUUGCUCCUGGGAAGAGAAGCAUCCUUGCAAGGCCAACCCUGAAGAUGUGGACUGCCAUUGUAUUCUUCCUGCUGAUUUCCUUCUGUAUAUGUGAACACAGGUCUUCUGUCCUGAAAGGGAGAGGAGUCCAUGUAGUACAAAUAAACAGGCUUACAACUGAAAAGCAGUGCAGGCAGGCUUGUCAAAGCCCAGGUGGUUCAGGUAACCAUCACUGUAAUUGGGCUGUGCCCUACCAGAAUCACUGCAUCCUCUUGCAGUGUCACCAGCUGAGCAUGUGCCAGAAUGCCGGCGAACAAGACAUCAGAGAUCUGCUUGGAGAAAUUGUCGGUGGGAAAAGGCAAACAGUCCUGUUUCACCACCAAAGCUAUCCACAGAAAAAGGAGAGGAUGGUGAAUGCACAGGUUGACCAACACAAUGUCGAAAACCUGCUUUCCUCAACUCCUCGGACUCACAAGAUCCAAUUGAGGCAUUUGCUUGAGAUUCAGAGUGAAGGUGUAACGACAAAUGCAAGAAAAACAAUUGCAAGCAAUGCUACCACCACCACAGCGACCACCACCACAGCCACAGCCAUAACAACAAAUGUUACAAACACAACUGUCCUCACUACAGCUUAUGAAACAACUGCCAAAGCCUCAAACGCCCCUGGAAGUUCUGGUCUCCUUGCUGAAGCCAUGUCAUCCACUGCCUCUUCUCCCACUUCUGGUCACAUCCCUGCUUCUACUUCUAGCCAUUUCACCAAGCUUGUGACCACCACCAAAAAAUCAGGAAGUAGUAGCUCUGUCUCAGUAUUGUCCCCCACUUCUACUUCUGCUCCCCUCACUGUCAUUUUUCAAGCAGGUACUCAAAUGCCUCAAACAGAGCAGUUUAACCCAACCACCACUGCCAGCGCUUCCCGCUCUAGCAGCCCCGCCACUGUUGGAGCUGGCCCGAAGACAGCGAGCGCAACAUUGACUAUCCUCAUCCCGCAGAAUGCAGGAAUGUCUUCCACUACUUCUACUCGUGCCAUGGCACUCACCCCCUCAGAGAUUUCACACUCUGCGAACCCACUGCCUGUUGUUACAUCGCUAUAUCUAGAGCCAGAAGCAAGUAGAGCCGCAACAUCCUUGAGUAAAUCAACUUCUCUGGGCUCCACGAGAGGUGCCACGGUUUUAACUACUGCCUCUACAACAGAAACAACGGCUAGGCAUGAGAUAAAGUCAACAUCUCCCAUUUUUUCAACAACCACGGCUCCAGCAGAUGCACCCAAAACAACAGCUUCAGGCCUUGCAGAAACACUGGACACGGACAAUGAAUAUCUUCUCAUUGCUGCCGAGCCCCUGACUCAGUACUUAGUGGAUGAAAGUUCGCUUCUUGCAGUGCUUUUAGUUGGUACGUUUUUUUUCAUAACUGUUAUAGUUCUUUUCCUUAUGCAGGCCUAUGAGAGCUACAAGAAGAAGGAUUACACACAAGUGGAUUACCUGAUCAAUGGCAUGUACGUGGACUCAGAGAUGUGAAAGGGUGGGGAUAAAACAGUGGGCAGAGAGAUGGAAAGGAGAUUGAAAGCCUGCCUGACUUGUUUUUCUUUCCUGUUUGCCUAUAACACAAACUUAAAGUGCUUCCAAAUUUACUUCUAGUGCAAUCGAGGAGAAAUGCCAUGUACUGUAUUAAGAAAAAAAAUAAUUUUUUUUAUCCAACUGUGCAACAGGUUGCUGUAAAAAAAAAAAAAAAAAGAAAAAAAAGUAGUAAUUUUUAAAACUUUCAUAAUGCACAAUAGCUUUGGCCAUUAUUUUUCAUUGUAAAAUAAGCCUAACAAGGGGUAAGCCAUCAUCCUUGAAAAAUGCUGUGGCACUUUUUCAAGUGUUUACACUGCAAGUUCCUUGUGUUACAUUCAUUUCACGUGUGCUCUGAAAACAGAGCAAAUAAUGCUCUCACCUUUUGCAAAGUGCUUGGAAAUUGCCAGAUGAGAAGUGUGCAGUUUUGCUGCAACAGGGAACUUUUAAUCGAAUGUGUGUCAUGUUUCAGUAUGCUUCUUGCUUGUAAAGAGGUCUGUUUACAAAGCAUUGUAAACUCUGUUUACUGCUAACCCAAGAUACCUUUUCACCGUGGAGUGGAUUACUGUGCCUCUGCACUUAAAUGAUCUUAUUUUUAUAUUCACUUAAUAAAGGGGGCCCUGGAAGGGCA